AGGAACUGGGAGGGUGCAGGAAGCCCAAAGCUGGGGCUAGCAACAGGUGCUUGGGCCAAAAGCAGCAAGUUUGCCAGCGGGAGUCGUGGUGGAGCUUUCAAGAUGUGGAAAGCGGUCGUGGGACACAACGUGUCGGUGAAGGUUGAGUCCCAGGGAGACGACUGGGACACGGACCCUGAUUUUGUGAACGACAUCUCGGAGAAGGAGCAGCGAUGGGGAGCCAAGACCAUCGAGGGCUCCGGCCGUGCCGAGCACAUCGACAUCCACCAGCUGAGGAACAAGGUGUCAGAGGAACAUGAGGUCAUCAAGAAGAAGGAGCUGGAAACUGGCCCUAAGGCCUCAUAUGGCUAUGGGGGCAAAUUUGGAACAGAGCAGGACCGGAUGGACAAGUGUGCGGUGGGCCACGAGUACGUCGCUGAUGUCGGGAAGCAUUCCUCGCAGACGGAUGCAGCCCAGGGAUUUGGGGGGAAGUACGGAGUCCAGCGGGACCGAGCUGACAAGUCAGCGCUGGGGUUUGAAUACAAGAGUGAGGUGGAGAAACACUCGUCCCAGAAAGAUUACUCCAAGGGCUUCGGCGGCCGUUACGGCGUGGAGAGGGACAAGGUAGACAAAGCGGCGGUGGGGUUUGACUACCAGAGCCAGGCGGAGAAGCACGACUCUCAGAGAGACUAUUCUGUGGGCUUUGGUGGGAAGUUUGGAGUCCAGCGGGAUCGUCAGGACAAGAGUGCCCUUGGCUGGGAGCACCAGGAAGACGUGCAGCCCCAUGCAUCUCAGACAGACUAUGCUAAAGGGUUUGGAGGCCGUUAUGGGGUCCAGAAGGACAGAGUGGAUAAGAGUGCUGCUGGGUUUAAUGAAAUGGCAGCUCCAACCUCCUCGUACGAGAAGACAAGACCAGUGGAGGCAGCUUCCAGUGGUGCCAGCAGCCUGCGGUCGCGGUUUGAAAACAUGGCUAAACUGGCGGAUGAGGAGAGCAGGAGGCUGGUGGAAGAGGAGCGGACGAGGCGGCAGGCUCGAGAGCGCCAGGCGGUUCGGCAGCAGCAGGAAAUCCAACGGAGAGAGGACAAGGACCACACAGAAGCAGCCCCUGCCACCGUUUCGGCAAGGGUCCCCGGGAGAGCUGACAGAGAAGGGCCCGUGUCACGGGGAGAGCAGCAGAAGACAGAAGCGGUGGGUGACGAAACACCGCCCACACUGCCACCAAGGCCAGCAGAUCUGGGUGAGGAGCUGUGCAAGGCCCCCAGCCAGGACCAGCCCAUCUACAGCGUGAGUUUGGAUGGCGGGGACUACGAGGAGCUGCCAGAGUCCUCUGACUACUGUGACAGCACCAGCAUGGGUGCUGACUACGAGGAGCUGCCAGAGCCUUUGGGAAAGCCGGCUGCCAUCUGUGACCACGGAGAGGACGGAGAGGAGGACUACGAGGAGAUCCCCACGGAGGAGCCCAGCCAGAGCCAGCCCUGCCCGGGGAAAACGGACAACGUUUACGAGGUGGAGAGCCCUGGGACGUGUGCAGUGGCUCUCUACGAUUACCAAGGAGAUGGAGAUGAUGAGAUUUCUUUUGAUCCCGAUGACACAAUCACACACAUCGAAAUGGUAGAUGAAGGCUGGUGGCGGGGACAGUGCCGAGGCAAAGUAGGCCUCUUUCCAGCAAAUUAUGUGAAGCUUCUGCAAUGAGACCAGCAUUGCCAGAGCGGCCUCCUUUCAAACUUCUGCUUCUCUCUGCUUCAUCAUUUUACGUGUUAUUAGCUUAAUUUGGCUCAUCCUGGUGUUUCUACAUGGGAGAAGUACCAACGAGAAAACUGGCAGUGUUUGAAGGAAUGUUUUGGCCUGUGCCUCAGAUGGGUUCUGGUUCCCAUCCAGUCCCGGAUGGGGAAGAUGGGAUGGUUGAAGAGUGUGUGGGUGAGGUACAUGACAUCUUUUCUCUCUAGACUAUUCCAGUUUUUCUGUUUCCACAUGCCAACCAGCAGGUUUGCAGGGGAAGUGUGUUCAUUCCUGUUCACAACAGGGCAAUUCGCAGACUAGGAACACCAGCUCUGAUCUAGUCAAAGCAAAAGGGACAUGCGUAUGGGACCUUUUCCUUUUAAGCUGUCAUUUGCCACCUGCCUCCGAGAACCCCUCUUUGCUCUUGGGGCUCAGUCCAGAACUUACAGCUGUAGAAUAAGAGAUGCUGUCCCAGGCCAUGGCCCUGGACCUGCUCUUACCCAGGGGCCAAGGGAAAAGAGCAGAGUGAAGGCUGAACUCAUCUCUGAUUCUAACCAGGAUUUCCACAAGCAGGAUGAACCAUGUUUGCAGUGUGGGGUAGGGAAACAGGAGCCUUGUCUAUCUGGGCACAUUUCAGGGCUGGGACCUGGGCACAUCUCACCCUCACAGGGAACGUUGCUCUGUUUUCCUGCAUACAGACACAAGCUUGGCUGUAUUGAGCUGUCCCAUAAAACAGGAGAGGUGUGUGUUGGCUCACUGAAAAUAAAGGACAAUCUUGCUAAAGUA